UCACCACUCUGAAGGGCACAUUCUCAUUGGUCAGUUGUCGUGUGUGCGCUUUGUGGUAACAAAACAAGCACGUUAUUGGUCGGUUUCACAUGUCUGCCGAUGUACCGAGUUUAAAGGGGAGAUUUCUUUCGUAACACCGCUGUUUAUGUCCCCUCUUUACUGCCGGGUCAUUAGGGGAUUUGUUGCCACCGCCAGCUUUUACUCACACACGGUGAAACUGGAAACGAGGCUAGCUAGCGCCGCAUCCAUCCGAUCCGUACCCGGGGCUAACAGAAGCUAAAGGUAGCUAGCAGCUGCUCAGCGGUCGCAGGUAAUUCGAAUCCACGUUAAAAUGGGUGAGGAAAUAAACGACAACACCAUCAACGAGAGCAACGGGUGUGCAAGUAACAGCAACGCGGAAGUGAACGGCGAAACAGUGGGCAGCGAUGUCAAAUAUCACACGUUAGAGGAAAUAAGAGAGCACAACAUGAGCAGUGACACAUGGCUCAUCAUCCACGAUAAAGUAUACGACAUCACAAGUUUCCUUGAAGAGCAUCCAGGAGGUGAGGAGGUCUUACUGGAGCAGGCAGGUUCAGACGCCACAGAAAGCUUCGAAGAUGUGGGUCAUUCCACAGAUGCGAGGGAGAUGCUCGAGCAGUACUUAGUCGGGGAGGUUCAUAUGGACGACAGGAAAAAGGAGCCUGCUAAGGUGGAAAAUGAAGCAAAUUGUGGAGAGUCCAGCUCCUGGACCAUGUGGUUGAUACCUGCUAUUGGUGCAGUGGUUGUUGGUGUCAUGUAUCGAUUCUACAUGGUUGAACACAAAUCAUCUUAAGUGCUGGCAUUCUUCUUUUCAUCUGGAGGCCUUGAAAUCUUUGACCAAAUCCUCCUCGUACUAAACGCACACAAUUUGGAGUGUCUGCAUCCCCUGCAACGAGAAAAAAGGAUGGGGGGGGCAGUUUGAUAAAGUACUUUUAUCCUUGUCCGUCUACAUAGAGUGCACGAAAUAGACAGUUGGGCAGAGUCUUCAUUAAAUUGUCUGCCUUCAGUCCCUCUUUGAAUUUCAUUGUCACUAUGCCUGUUUUCAUUCAUGUUAAAUAUUGUCUUUGAGUUUAACCUUCAUGUGCAUUCGACUCAGUUCGGUUAGUGUAUGGUCACCAGCCAUUUGUGUGCUCAGAGAAAGGUUUAACGUGCUCCACCAUUACAGAGACACGAACUGGAAUAAUGUUUGAGGAAAUGUUAAGUAUGCAAAAUGAUUGAGGUCAGGAUAAUGGCUCACAGUGACCAUUUUUUUUACACUGAAUUGUAACUUCACAUGCAUUUUCUAAGUUUUAAUAAAGUGAAAAAUAUGACAGCUACCUGACGCUCAAUAAGAACAGUGAAUUUAUUCCAUUCACUUCUUCAUUCAUUCACAACUCUGCUCGAUUGCAUUUAUCAGCGGGUUGUGCGUCAUCUUUCCAACUAUGUAAAUGCAAUGUCAAGUAUUUA